AUGCAUUUGUGGGAAAAGGGGUUUAUGCCAAAUUAUUGUAUUUGGACAGAACAUGGAGAGAUUGACGACAUAGGGAUUAAUCAGACGGGAUUCAAUAAUUAUGGGGAAUGUGGUUCAAGAAAUGGUGCAAAUGUGGAAGAAUGUGAUAUGUAUGACAUUGCUGGGAAGACAACUCCAGAAGCUCAAAAGCCUUUGUGGGAAGGUUGUGUGCACUCUCAACUAUCGAUAGCUGUUAGAAUGCUAUGCAUUAAGGCCGAGAGAAACCAAUCACAGGAGUCAUUUAAGCAGUGGGCCACCUUAAUUAGGGAAAUUGCUCCUGAGGGUAGUGCCAUACCUAGGAAUUACUAUGAGGCUAAGAAGUUAGUGCAAAAGCUUGGAUUGAAGGCAAUAAAAAUAGAUUGUUGCUCAAACAAUUGCAUGUUGUAUCGAAAAGACGAUGCUGCUCUAACUAGUUACAAGUUUUGUGAAGCACCUAUAUUCAAGCCUAUUUCUGAUGGUGGUUGUAAGUCUAAGAGAGUUCCUGUCAGACGGAUGCACUACUUACCCUUAAUCCCUAGACUUCGAAGGCUUUAUGCGUUAAUGAGUUCAGCUCCGCACAUGACGUGGCAUAUAAAAAACCAACGUGAUGAUGGCGUGAUGACCCAUCCAUCACAUGGGGAGGCAUGGAAAAGCUUUGACCGUAUCCACUCUGAUUUUGCUUUGGAGCCUAGAAACAUUAGGUUAGGUCUUUGCUCUGAUGGAUUUAUCCCAAAUAUCCAAUUUAGCAAGCCUUGUUCUUGUUGGCCCGUAAUUGUAAUUCCAUAUAAUCUACCUCCUGGAAUGUGUAUGAAAGAUCCUUAUUUGUUCUUGACUUGCUUAAUACCUGGUCCUAAUAACCCUAAAGCCAACAUUGAUAAUCCUGGUGUUUUGACGUAUGAUAUUGUAGAAAAGAAGAAUUUCGUCUUAAAGGCAACAUUAAUGUGGACUAUCAAUGAUUUUCCGGCUUAUGGGAUGUUGUCUGGGUGGAUGACACAAGGAAGAUUGUCAUGUCUUAUUUGCAUGGAGGAUACCAAUCCUUUUACACUAUCACAUGGAAACAAGGCAUUAUGGUUUGAUUGUCAUCGGAGGUUUUUGCCGACAAACCACCCUUAUAGGCGCAAUAAGAAUGACUUCAGGAAGAAUAAAAUAGAAAGUGAAGAGGCUCCUACCAGAUUAAGUGGUUUGGAGAUUUGGCAAAGGGUUAAAGGACUUGGAAAGAUAUCAAAUAAUGAAAAGUGGAUCAAAUUACGAGAGUAUGGUAUUACUCACAAUUGGACUAAGCAAAGUGUGUUUUGGGAGUUACCUUAUUGGAAGGAUAACCUAGUUUGUCACUGUCUUGAUGUAAUGCACAUAGAGAAGAAUGUGCUUGAUAACAUAAUGAAUACUGUUAUGGACACUGAUAGAACUAAAGACAAUAAAAAGGCUAGGUUAGAUCUGGCUGAACUGUGCAAGCAUCCAGAUUUACAUUUGCGGCAUGUCGGUGAUAAUUGUUGGUCCAAACCUAAGGCAGCUUAUACUUUAACUUCUGAACAACAACAAGACGUGUAUAGAGAACUACCUACAAAUAUAUGGAAGCCUCUUACCGAGUUAAGCCAGUUUUUCAAGGACUUGUGUUCAACCACUCUCAAGGUUCAUGAUUUAGAGGUUAUGGAGCAGAAUAUUCCCAUUAUCCUUUGCAAGUUAGAAAGGAUAUUUCUCCCGGGAUUCUUUAAAGUGAUGGAGCAUUUGCCAAUUCAUCUAGCAUAUGAGGCACGUGUGUGUGGACCUGUCCAAUAUAGGUGGAUGUAUUCGUUUGAACGGGUGAUAGGAGCAUUUAAGCGAACAGUGAAAAAUAGAGCAAGGGUUGAAGGUUCAAUUUGUGAGGCUUUCUUGGCAAAGGAGACUUCAAGUUUUGUUUCUUUCUACUUUGAACCACAUAUCUUAUCGAGGCGAACCCGUGUGGGAAGAAAUGAUGACGGCGGAGACACACUUAAAGCCUCUUUAUCAAUAUUUAAUAGACCUGGUCGCAAGGUUGGUAAAGCUAAAAGAUCAUUGGUUAGAUGA